UUUAGUGGAAGGGCUUGUUUCUCAAUCAAAACAACAAAAGGAAGGGCUUGUAUUGAAAAUCGUUGAGAUACUUGGUAUGCUUGUCGCAAUUUCUUUUGUUGUAAAUUUAAAUUUGAAUUCAAAUCAAUCAUUCCAAAGCAUGCAGUUUAUGUUCUAAACAUUUGGGUUUUAAAUGUCAACUCAGGAAUCAAACGCAUAUAUGAAAUGAAGAUUGUCCAUGUCCGCUCACUUGCAUUUUUAAAGCUCAUGUGCGAAGAGAUAAAAGACUUCGACAUGCAACAAAUGAAUUCUUCCCCUGUGCGUCCAUCAAUCUUCAGUGCUGUUAGUGAGGGAAAUGUGGAGUUUAUUACUCGUAUAUGUAAAGCAAAUCCUGAACUUGUGUGGUCAGCAAAUCACAUGUCAAGGGGCAUAUUUGACUUUGCCAUCGAAUGUCGUCAAGAAAAGAUUUAUAACCUUUUAUAUGGGAUCUCUGCGAAAGACUGGAUCUCAAAUCUUGUCGAUCACAGUGAUAAUAACAAGCUACAUAUGGCUGGGUUGUUGUCCCCACGUGCACAACUUAAUCGUAUUCCAGGUGCAGCAUUGCAGAUGCAGCGUGAACUACAAUGGUACAAGGAAGUAGAGACUAUUGUACCUCCUAAGUUUCUUGAGUAUAGGAACAGAGAUGAACGUUUGACACCAAGGGAACUAUUUACAAAGAAUCACAGCGCAUUACUAAGGGAGGGAGAAAAAUGGAUGAAAGAGGCAGCAACUUCUUACACUGUUGUAGGUGCUCUUAUUAUUACCAUCAUGUUUGCGGCAAUAAUCACAAUUCCGGGAGGAAGUGGAGAUACCGGCUUUCCCAUAUUCAUCAGUGAAAAAUUGUUUAUGUUGUUUAUAGUUUCAGAUGCUAUAUCACUAUUUUCUUCCACGACUGCAACAUUAACGUUUCUCGGAAUUCUCACGUCGCGUUUUGCAGAAGACGAUUUCCUGAAGUCCUUACCCACAAAGAUGGUAAUUGGUCUUGCCACUCUUUUCUUGGCUAUUGCAACCAUGAUGAUUGCGUUUUCUACUGCCCUUCUAAUUAUAGUUCGUGGACAGUCCUGGAUUGUGAUUCCAACCAUACUUCUUUCAAGUGUUCCAGUCACUUUAUUUGCUUGGACGCAAUUCCCCCUCCUAGUUAAAAUUACUGUUUCUUCUUACGGAAAAGGAAUAUUUAAUAGGAAUGUGAAACGUUAGUUAUAAAGGUAUUUCAUUAUUUUAUAUUUCUUAUUGUAUCUGUUUAUGUGGGAUCCAAAAAUUUGAGGUGUAAUUGAUUCGAUGAAUUACAUAUUAAGACCUCUCACUUACACGUGAAAAGAAAUAUCACUAGACCGUAUUACUAAAUGACGUCUUGUUUUUGU